CGCCGUGCGGAUGAGGCUCCGCCGCCCCCCUCGCCCCAAAAGGGCGGGAACGGCCCUGAGGGGGCUGCGCUGCCCUCGGAGGGGGUGUGACUGUGGAAACUGAACCCCGCUCCCUCGGGAUAAGGGUAGAGCAGUGGGGUCCCAUCUGUGACCCCUUGCUUCCUCCUGCUGGUUCUGUGCCUUUGCCAUGGAAAAUGUGUUGCCGUCUGCUGUUCUGGAAAUCUGUGUGCUGCUUGGAGUCCCCAGGGACAAAGUGAAAGAAGUCUGCCAGGCUGCUCAUAAAAAUGAUGUGAAGAACUUUCCUCCCUUUGAGCCAGAAGUUCUUUCUGUUUUUGUUCCUCCAUUUAUCAGCAAGCAGGAGUUCCAGACAACAACUAUAAAUAACAAUGCAUUCAACAAAAGACGCCGUUCCUUUCGGAAAAAAAAAGAGAAACCGAAGAUUGAAAGCGCAAGAGCUCUGAAUGGAGCCCACAAAGUGCCUGAGGCUGAGGAUAUUAGUGUUCCCAAAGAUGUUGACCUCAAUGGAUUGCCGCAGCUUUGCUUUCCAGGAGGAUUUUUUGUAUCAACCGAAUCAAAAGAUGACCAUAUCCAUUUCCUGGUUUUCACGGAUGUUUGUGGUAACAGAACCUAUGGUGUAGUCGCACAGUACUACCAGCCUAUUCAAGAUGGACACGUCUCCUUCAAUGGGCAGGUUCACUGGGAAAACCUACAGACUUCUAAAACGGCUGCUGCAUAUUUUGUACCGUUUGCUAUUUGUGUCAUAUCCAGGUAUCCGUAUUUCAACGCCCUCAAAGACUGUCUGUCUUGUUUAUUGGUGCAGUUGAAGCCUUACAAGGAUUUAGAUGUGGAUGAUUGUAUAAAAGAAUUUGCUGCAAAGCUGUCUUUAAUACCCAGUCCUCCCCCAGGACCACUCCAUUUGAUAUUUAAUAUGAAGCCGCUCCAAGUAAUUUUCCCGUCUCGAGAGGACCCUGACAGUCCACUUAUUGACCUGGAUCUUCACCUUCCCUUCUUGUGCUUCAAACCAGAGCAGGUGUUACAGAUUAUAACUUGUAUUUUAACGGAGCGCAAAAUAGUUUUCUUUUCUUCUGACUGGGCGUUGCUAACGCUCAUAUCGGAAUGCUUCAUGCUGUACCUUCAUCCUAUCCAGUGGCAACACACUUUCGUGCCUAUUCUCUCUCGUCAAAUGCUGGAUUUUGUCAUGGCUCCUACGUCCUUCCUGAUGGGCUGUCACCUGGAUCACUUUGAAGAAGUUAGCAAGGAAGCUGAUGAUUUAAUUCUAAUUAACGUUGAUAAUGGGGACAUUGCACAAUCCAAGUCCUUUGAAAAUGAGACCGAAAUUCCAGAUAUCCCCCUCCAAGCAGCAGAAAUAUUUAUAACAAGGAUCGAAGGCCUACAGCUGCAUUACGAUCUUGAAUGCUGCCACCUGGGUUCCAGCACAGACCUUGGUGAAACACAGCUCCGCAGGAGGAACUGGCAGCAGAAACUGAAUUCUGAAAUUCAGCAGAUCACUCUGCAAUUGAUUGUCAAUAUUUUUAGGGAGGUGAAAGACCAUCUGAAUUACGAGCACAGAGUAUUUAAUAGUGAAGAAUUUAUGAAAACAAGAGUUCUAGGCGAUCAACCGUUUUAUAGAAAGGUACUGGAAACCUAUAUGUUUCAUUCUUUUCUUAAAGCUCGGCUUAACAGAAGGAUGGAUGCCUUUGCUCGCCUAGAGCUGAGCACUCAAAGCGAAGAAGACAGAUUCAGCUCCAUGUUUGAUAGCCCAAGGAGAUUGACCAUGGAGAAAAUUGUUUCAAGAAGAUUUAAUCCUCAAUACUUGAUCAGCAAACGUAUGGGAAUAAGUUUGCCUAAUCUGCAAGAUAUCAAGCCGAAGGAUUAUCCAGCUAGGAAUUCAUCUCUUUGGAGUAUAAACGCUAAGCUUGCCACAAGACUGAUUUCUAAAUCAGUGAGCACUUUCAAGAUCCCAGAAAUCCACUUCCCUCUGGUGGGCCAGUGUGUUCACUCUUACUACAUUGAUUUUGUCAACCACCUCAGCAGAGCUAUAAAUAUUUUGCCCCCUGAGAACUCUGCACUGUUGGCAAGGUACUUCUACCUUCGGGGGCUUAUUGGGCUGAUGCAGGGAAAACUUCUUAAUGCACUUUCGGAUUUCCAAAAUCUGUACAAGACAGACGUGAGGAUAUUCCCUACGGACCUUGUGAGGAAGGUAGUGGAAGCUCUUCCUCCUUCGGAGCGAUCCCAAGCGGAUCAGAAGCCUGAACUGAAGAGGCUGAUCAGUCAGGUGCUGGAUAAACAAAGGGAAAUAACCAAAGUAGAUGAUCACGUCAAAAACUUUGCGUUGCCAAAAACUCAUAUGCAGCUGAACGACUUUGUGAAACGCAUUCAAGAAUCUGGGAUUGUCAAAGAUAUUGAUACUAUACACCGGCUGUUCGACUCAUUAACAGUGGGCCACCAGAAACAAAUAGACCCAGAAACGUUUAAAGAUUUCUACAACUACUGGAAGGAGACGGAAUCAGAGGCCCAAGAUGUAAACCUGCCACCCGCUGUAAUUGAACGCUUAGACAAAAACGAAUGCGUCUACAAGUUGUCAGCCUCCGUUAAAACGAACAAAGGGGUUGGGAAAAUAGCAAUGACCCAGAAGCGCUUGUUUCUCUUGACUGAAGGAGGACGGCCAGGCUAUGAAGAGAUUGCCACUUUCAGGGACAUAGAGGAAGUGAAGAGUACUACAGUCGCGUUUCUUCUCCUCAGAAUUCCUACUCUGAAGAUAAAAGCCCUGUCCAAAAAGGAAGUGUUUGAAGCAAACCUUAAGUCAGAGUGUGACCUUUGGCACUUGAUGGUGAAGGAGAUGUGGGCUGGGAAGAAAAUGGCGGAUGAUCACAAGGACCCUCAGUACAUUCAGCAAGCGCUCACUAACGUUCUUCUGAUGGAUGCCGUAGUGGGUGCCUUGCAGUCUUCCAAGAUCAUAUAUGCUGCUUCCAAACUUUCUUAUUUCGACAAGCUGAAGAAUGAAGUGCCCAUGAUGGUCCCCAAAACAACAGCAGAAACACUGAAACACAAGAUCAACCCAUCAGCUGGUGAAACCUUUCCACAGGCUGUGGAGUUCUUGCUUUACACACCAGGGCAGCUUGACCCAGCAGAAAAGCACGGAGAUGCCCAUCCCAAGUUAUGGUGUGCUUUGAAUGAGGGGAAGGUGGUCGUGUUUGAUGCAUCUACAUGGUCUAAACAGCACUGUUUUAAAGUGGGAAGCUCUAAACUGAAAUGCAUGGUAAUGGCAGAACAAAGUCAAGUCUGGAUUGGUUCCCAAGACUCUGUUAUCUAUAUAAUCAACACCCAUAGCAUGUCUUGCAACAAGCAACUGAAUGAUCAUCGCUCUGAAGUCAUGGACAUUAUUGUACAGGACAGAGAUAGCAUCUCCAGCGAGGCGUACUCAUGCAGCUUGGAUGGGACCGUGAUUGCCUGGAACAUCAGCACUUUGAAAGUCAACCGCCGAUUUCAGCUGCCCUGUGAGACUCUGACGUCGAUCAAGUUCCACGACAACCGACUUUGGUGCUGUAUAGGAAGCUGUAUUCUUGUAGUCACGACAAAUGGCUUUGUGCGGCAGAAAGUACAAAUGGAAGAGUACACGAGAGACAUCCCCGUGUCCUUGCUCUCUUUCCAGUUGUUUCCUGAGAGGGACCAAGUGUGGGCAUUGUGUUCAGGGAGCACCGACCUGUUCAUUUGGAAUAUGACUGAUCUCUCGACGCCCUCUCAAAAGAUCAGCCUGCAAGACUGUUCAGAGAUCACCUGCAUGAUGAAAGUAAAAAACCAGAUGUGGGUUGGCGGUAGAGGACUUUCCCAAGGCAAAAUCAAAGGAAAGAUCUAUGUGGUUAAUGCUGAAAAGAAGAUGGUGGAAAAAGAACUGGUUGGGCACAUCGACACGGUGAAGGCUCUGUGCUCUGCCGAGGACAGAUACGUUCUCAGUGGCGCCGGAAAGGAAGAAGGGAAGAUUGCUAUCUGGAAGGUUGAAUAGGGUCAGACGUUUUCACAGUUUUAAAACAUGGAUAGAGGAAGCAGGGAGGGGAUUCUGCUAGCUUCAGCUCUGUAUAUAUCUCAUUCUUCAGUGUUUUUAAUUUAUUAGAAUAAUGUUCAGUGUAACUAAGUUACCAAAAUACGAAGCAGCAGAAGUAAAUCUCUUAACCAGGAGCCGCUCAUCGAAAAAAACUCAAAAAUAAAAUGGCGAAUAUAAAAAAUGAAGACACAGCAACCACAAGCCUCCGUUGCCACAAUCCUAACCCAUCCCAUGGUAUGGUUGGAGCGUUAAGACUGACGCAGGGAGAAACAAGAAAACUCAGGCUGGAUCUUGAGAGUCCCUCCAUUAGCGCAAGGGGCACUUGGGCUCACACCGGAUUUGCUGGUUGCAAAUAUCAAAACAAAGACGCUGCAGCCUCAAGGAUCCACUGCCUCCACUCCAUCCGCCACGAUCCAGUUCAAUGAGGUGUAUAGUAGUGUAAAAAUAUUGUAAAGAUAGAAUAAUUAAUCUUCCAGUACACAUUUAAUGUGGAACUACUGAUUUCAUAUAUUGUAAGUGUAACUAAAGGAAGAAUUUCAGUGUCAUAAUAAAAAACAUGGCUACUUAAGAGA